AUGCAGCAAAGGGGGAGACGAGGCCCCGUGGCGGGCCUUCUGGGGAGGAGAUCAGCGACUCGGGCUGUGUCAGCAGUGGCAGUGCUGUUGCUGGUGAGUGUGUCGUGCGGUGCUGCAGGCCGCCCAUGUACGGCCGAGGACAUCACGUACUUCUACUCGCCCUGUGAUCAGCGGACAGGCAAGCUGACCGUUCUGUCCUACCUCCCUAGUGACGUGAAUUGCGAACCUGGGGAUCUUGUCGUGCCACCUCCGCGCACAACUUCUUGCUACAACUGCGUAGAUGGUUAUCACCUCAACCCAGCGACGCUUGAAUGUGCUGCAUGCCCCGCUGGCACCUUUUCCUCCUACACAACCCGCUACGUAAACUUCGACCCGUUGCCGGAGAUGUUAAUGGCCUACUGCAGCCCGGAGCCGUGCGCGGCGUGGAGCGCUGUGGAGGACACUUAUGGGACGGUGCUCUCUUCGGGAUUGCAGCCCACGGAGGGCCGCCCUUUGACUCCCUGGGGCACGAUCGAUGAGUCAGUGGAGUCCACUCUGGACUUCUUCACUGUUGUCACGGAGAGCGCCGGUGUGCUUGAGUUCGAUUAUUCGAUUUCGUCUGAAGAGGCGUAUGACGGGCUUCAGCUGCGCCUGAACUUCUCCCUUGUCAGAAACCCAGACCAAAUUAUCGGCAGAAACCGCUUUUUCGCCACAGGGGUGCACCGAGACUGGUAUCACGCGUCCAUAAAACUACCUCAGGGUCAUACCAAGAUCCAGUUCCAGUACAUCAAGGACAGCACUGGUCCUCCCUACGGUGAGGAGCUCACCGGCGUGAAUGAUCGGGCGUUGUUGCGCAACAUUGUCAUCAGAGGUACGCGGAAGACAGUGGCGGAUAUGCAGUGCAUCAGCUGUCCUUCAGGCUACUGGACGACCACGGAGGGUGUUGGUGGUAGUGGUGCCUCUGAGUGUGUACGCUGUCCACGGAACACAUACCGGUCAGCACACGAUACGCAGUGCCUCGCGUGUCCCGCACGUACCUCAUCGCCUGCGGGUGCUACAGAAUGCACUCCCAUGCGCGUGUGCGCGGCGAGCGACUACAUUGCGCAGUACGGCAGCUGUCUGAGCGACAACACGCGAGUGCGUAGCUGGGUCAAGUACGAAGGCGCAAACUGUGUUGAAGAGGAGGGCAGUAGACCGAUGACGACCAAGGUCGAGUGUGCGGCUUGCCUGCCGGGCAUGCGGCAUGCAGGCGGUCAAGGUAGAGGUGCGUGCGUCAGUUGUCCUCCGGGCGAGUACCUUCUCGGCGAGGAAUGCAAGUUGUGUCCACUGGGAACGGCCGCCAUACCCACGUUGUCGUACCGCAGUGGCUUUGACGACCUCGGCGGUAAUGUGACGGCGCUAUCGGGGACUUCGUUGUCGUACUUUCAUUGCAGUGGCUCUGCUAGGAUCUGCCACUUGGAGCAAGGGAAAGGGUUCGAGCUUGUGGCGUUUCCGUUCGAUGAUGAGGACAACACGCUGGUCGGCAUUCGGCAGCUGCGCUCGGCCAAUUGCACCUACUCGCUGGCCACCCUAAACUACACCUUCAACGCCGAGGAGGACGGCUGGGUGAACGUCACCUUCGCGUACGUCGACUCUGACGGCAAAUUCGUGGACAAGAUAGAUUGGCGAACAACAAUGAGCGUCCGACUCGUCGUGGACGAAGUCACUGACUACCCGAUCCAUACCUUUGCGAGACUACCACCGUUGAGUGACUUAGGGUUUUAUUCUCUUGUGGUGCCGUAUUACGUCGAUACAGCGCUUCCCGCCAGUGACGCUGACCCGAACUUGCCAGGCUUGCGUCACCGCUUAAGCUGGAUCGUGGAGGAGCUCGCCUACACCUCGAACCCGAUCUCCGUCGUAAUUGUAGCGCUGGAAGUGUUUGGCGAUAUGGCCGGCGGUGUGGCGAAGUGCCAGCCUUGCCGUGCUGGGUUCAGCUGCCCAGCACGCGCGUCGAAAAUGACCCCAUGCUCUCCUGGUACUAUACAACCCUCAGCACGCGCGGAGGUGUGCGAGGCCUGCGUGAAGAACACCUACACCCCCGGCUACGGCUUCACGGCGUGCACUCGAUGCCCGAGCAGCACGAUCGCAAACGCCGACCACACGGGCUGCAGCUCCGCUUGCGUCUUCGAAAGAAAUCAUAUGCUGUACAACUUCAGCGAUCUGCGCGACGUCGUCUUGAACACAACACUGGGGAACAUACCUGGAAUGAACACGUCCUUGUCGAACAUGACGAUCGAGGAGGCUGACGAGGCCAGUAUAACGCGCUUUUACUUCUCUCCAUGUGAUCCGCUCCCCGUGGCGGAUGCCCGGACCACCUCCGAGAGCGACACUGCGGCCACUCCGGUCACGCGUGAUCGAUUGUGCGUGCCGUCGGUACGCGGCCGCAACAGCUCUUCCAGCGCGUACGUGUGUCAGCGCACAACACCCACCAACGGUCGGCAUUUUGGCGACGCGGUUCAGCACCUUGGACUGGGCCGACAUCUCUACAUGAUCACCGAGCAGGGAAGCCUGGCUGCGUUGGACAGGUUCAGCUUCCUCGGAGGCAACUGGGACUACUAUGUAAGACCGUACACCGCGGCGUAUAUUGAACUGCAGUGCAGUAUGGAAAAUGAUGAGCCGCGCUUCGGCACACUGGUGUACGUCGGCGAGAGCGAUGGUGAGGUUGUCCUCCGGUGGCGCUCUGCCUACGCGUGUCCACUUUGCACAAAGGACAGUUACUUAAAGGUGGAGACGACCUGCGAUGACCCCAACGUAACGACGCGGUGGGUGUACUACACCUUGCGCACGGAUAGCUUCAGCUGCAUUGGUGGCUACGUGCCGCCGGAGCCGAUCAUUAUGAACUGCACUGAGUGCACUGUCGAGUCCUACGUUGUGCGCUGGCUGGACUGCAACGCCACCACGAAGACACAAGAUGGCGUCUACGUCCUUAUACCCGAGUACGCUAACUGCACACCAAGUGCCUCACCACUGCCCCCCGUGACGCCGCGUCCGUGCGAUCCAUCGAGUGGUAGAGGUGACGGAAAAGGUGGCUCUCGCGUAAGGGAGGCGGUGCUCCUCGUGAUUCUUGUACUCUUGCUAGCUGGACUUGUGGUGCUGACGGUGUACUACCGUCAGCUGCGGGAGCGUCUCGCACGUGCAGCACGCGGGGAGGGAGCGGAGCUGGACGUCUAUGGCGGCAUCUUGGACGAUAUGUACGGUCAUGACGAAGAGAGUGAGGAAGGAGAGGAACCGCCGUUGAGCCGCGGCACAGCGGCAACAGCGAUGCAUCAGCUGUGGGGCGUGCUGACGGGCAUGGGUCAGCACAUCCAAGAUGCUGUUUUGCCCAACGACGGCGGUGGCUCCACCGCUGAUGCGUCUGCCGAGGCCCGCAGCGGCAGGAAUGGCUCCGAUUCUGCCGCCACUUCGGAUGGCGUCAGUGCGCAUCCUGGCGGCGGUGGUCAGAGUCUCUUUUCUCUCGCGGCCACCGACGAAGAUCUCUUACCGGGCUCUCGGUAG